GGGCGGGGGACGUCCUGCGUCCAGUUGUUCGAAUCGCAUCUGGUUGAUAUAUGUUCACUAGAAAUGGGUUCAGGUGAAAGCGAGGCGGGCCAUUAAAUAAUCAAUUAUAUCCCUUCCCCUCCGACCCGUCACUUGGGAGCGACGCGACAAGUCAUUUUGUUAUCAUUCCCUGGCAAUAAUCCUUUCUUUUCUUCUUUUUGUUUUUGCGGAAAAGACCCUCAAGUUUUAGGUAAUUUUGUCUUCCGCUUUCUCGUCUUUUUCUUUUGCCCUGUAUCCCCAAGCAGCGCCCGACGCCCACUUUGCUCCCUCGUCCUCCUACCCAGGGAUGGAAACCCUAGAGGCCACCGAGCCCAUGUCCGGCGAGUCGCCGACCCAACCCCAAAGCUCGGGUUCCCCCCAACCGCCACUGGCUCCAUCCGAGCGGCGACUCCUCGAAUCUACGUAUCUUGCGGACGCUGCUGCAGACGGCGCCUCCGUCGCGGCGAACUUGGCUCCGGUAACCCCCUCCGGAACCGAAGCUAAGGAUGAUGUGGAUGCGCAUUUUGGCAACGGGGGAUUGGGUCUAGGAUCGGUUACCGGCGAGUCACCGGAAGGAAUCCCUAUCGCCGUCGGCGAUCUCGUGUGGGGGAAGACCAAGAACCAUCCCUGGUGGCCGGCGCUGGUUUCCGAUCCCUCCCGCGCGCCCAUCGAUGCCAAGAAGGCCCACCUGAGCGACGUCUCCCUCCUGCUGGUCUACUGCUUCGGCAGCGGUGCCUUCGCCUGGUGCGAGCCAGCCCAGCUGAAGCCCUUCGUCGAGGACUUCCAUUGCAUGACGAGGCAGAGCAGCUCUAAGAGCUUCGUCGCAGCCGUCGAGGGCGCCUUGGAUGAGAUCAGGCGCCGCCUCCAGUUGGAGCUCACUUGCGGCUGUGUUCCGCCGGAGGCCGGAGGGAAGACUGCUGAAUGCCCAGCCGGGAGGCUUCCGAUCUCGAACUUUCAGCCUUUGGAGUUCCUCGAGCAUCUCCAAGACGUGGCUUGUGACGUUACGAUGGCCGAUGUGUUACAAGUUGCAGCUUUGAGAAGUUGGGUGAUCGCUUUCGCCAAAGGAUGGACUGCUGGUUUGCCUGGGUACCACCCUCGCCGUGAGAUAAUGGAGCUGGUGGACAAGAUUGAUCUUGACGUGCCACCAGGAGACCUCGGCGAUGGCAAUGAGGAGGGAGAUGGCGAAUGUUGGAUCACCGGGAGCAGGUUCAGAAAAGGUCUCAAAACAUCAGAGGAUAACUUGCACAAGAGGCAGAAAAAAAGGAGCAUGGCUGCACUGAUCGCUGGGAUGGAGUUGGAUACAGUUGAGCUCAGCGAUGGUGAUGAAUUUACAGUGGAGGAGAAGGUAAAGGGCGUGAAGAACCAGAUGAUCAAGAAGGUGAAAGAUAUGGAUGCGGAUGAUUGUGGUGUUGAGGCCCAAGAAGAUACUGGCUCAGGUAGACGGGAGCGGAAGAAGAGCAAGUACUUGUCACCUCCUUACACUUGCUUGGGUGCAUAUACCAACACUCUUGACUCACCGAGGAGUGGUGAGGUGAAGUCGCCUAGGAAGGCUGCUGAAGCCUCUCGGGCUCUAAAUUCUGAUAUCUCAUCCUUAUUGAGGUGCGACUCGGAGUCCGUUGAGAAGGAAGAGGAUACUAGUAAUCCUGGUUUUGGAAUUGAGAGCACUUCUGUCAAUGACAUUCUUGCAGAAUUACUUUGCACGGCAAGAAAUCCACUUCAUUUAAAGUGGAACCGAUCAGCAAAGAUGAUUAAGAGCUUCUUCAUUAAAUACAGAAGCUCAAUGUACUCAAGUGGAUCUGACUUCCUAACCUACCAGAAGCACCAUAAUGAAUGCUGUCAGGUGAGUAUAGAAUCUCCAAACAAGCUGAUUGUCAAUAAUAGUUCUGAACUGGGAAAAUCCGAGGGGGGAUGGAAGGACAAGAAAGAUGCUACUGAUUUGCAAGUAGAGACAGGCCUAGCUCCUGAUUCAAGAAGUUGUUCUGAACAAUGCAAGGUUGGGCGGAAGAGGAAGAUGAGAAAGAAUGAAGAUAACAAUGUAACACCAGCAGAUUUGGAGCCUCAGGUCAUAAACAUUCCAGUGGAAAGAAAAAACAUAAAGAGCAAAGUUGUAGCUACUGGAGAAAGUGUAGUUCUGUGCCCUGCGCCUGUUAAUUGUAUGCAACCAGCUGAAGUUGGAAACAAGAUGAAUAAGAAGGGUAAGGGAGUUACUAAUGGGCAAAAGGCUGUGGACCCUGUCCAUAAUCUUUCAGAGUGUUCGCAAGAUGGCAACUCUAAACGGAAGAGGAAGAAGAGCAAACGUGCAAAUGCUGAUGUACCCUUGGUUGAUUCGAUCAGGGGCAUCACAAAUACUUUGGAGAAAGUCAAAUCUGAGCACACGAGGAAAGAUGAUGAAACUUGUUACAGUUACCCUGGAGCUCUUCUCUUGACUUUUGCCUCAGGAGUUCCUUUGCCCUCCCAAAGCGAACUAAUUUCUACUUUUCGCAAGUAUGGAGUUGUGAUAGAAUCAGAGACGGAGUUGCUAAAAGAGACCAGCAGUGCUCGUGUUGUGUUUGCCAAAAGCACUGAUGCGGAAAAAGCCUUCAAUAGCUCAGAUAAAACUGGUGUCUUUGGGCCACCAUUUGCAAACUACCAUCUCCACUAUCUACCUCCGAUUGCAUGCACUCCUCAUCCAAUACCUCCUCUUCCUUACAUAAGGGAGAGUCUCGAGAGGAUGAUAUCUACUCUGACUACUACUACGUCAGUGAAAGAGACAGGGCCAUCUGAUGGGAUGAAGCCUGCUGCAAGGGAAAAUUUAGUUGGAGACAUGGAGGGCCUCCUGAAGAAGGUGAACACAAUGCUAGACGGGGCUGCUGCUGGUACCUAGUUUGAGAAUGAUAGUAUGGUUCUAACAUCUUUUAGCUUAGGCAUCAGUGAUCGGCCCUGCUUUAUCAGGUUGUUGAAUGAUGACCUAUAAGUGGGAUCAGUACCACUUGCUUUAUUUAGGUUGCUGAAUGUAAGUGUAAUUGUUAUUAGUACCGUCAGUACGACUUGCUUGAUCUCGUUUGCUGAACAUUGACAUGUUGACCUUAUGCAUAGCUUAGUUUAGAUCAUCUGUGUGCAUUAUAGACUAUUUCUUCUCACUGUUUUCUGCCAGAUAAUGGAUAACCUCAUCCGCUUUGCGCAUUGUUGUUUGGGGUUUGUUUGACCUGCUUAGUUUAUUGUGUUGUUAAUUUGUUAAACCUAGUUGGUUGUUAUACCUGUGAUGAGAACCAAAAGAUGGUCAACUCAAUCAUACAUCCUUCUGAAUAUAAAUACAAUGAAAUAUUCGAGAUCAUCUAUUUCUCUCUUUAUUAUUGUAGCAUGUUUGCUUUUAUGGCUAAUGAACAGGAUGGAGGCAGCGACCUAGCCGACUGGGGUUGGAUAUAUGAAUGUGGAUUAUCAAACUAGUAGAAGGAAAGAAAAACAAAGUUUAAUAGCGUUAUUUUGUUGCAGAUGGAGGAGCUGAAAGCUUGAUUUUUGAUCAAUUUCUGUGGGACAUUUGAAUGAAAUGAUUGUGAAGUUUAUUUGAACUUCAUGGAUUGGAUUUAACUUGUGAUAAAAACAUUUUAUGUCAUGUGGUUCUAGGCCUAGUAUAUCCAACUCAUUAGAUCAGUGAUAUGCUAGAAUUGACAGUGACAAAAUAGUUAAUACAGGUUCCUUAUUGUAUUGUUGCUCUCUUUUUCUUGCAAACUUAAUAUGUUGUUGAUAGACCGAAGAUGGAUAGCUGGUCAUCAGAUAAUAGAAAUAAAUCCAGUCAUCUAUCUAUACAUCAUUGUACCAACUGUGAACAUCUCUUUUUUUUAUAUAUGUCCUGCAUCCGUUUGAGUUGGUUUGAUAUCUGUCCUGUACUGCUGUUGAUAACUUUUUUAACAUUCCCUAAUGUAAGAGAAGAGCUAGAAAUGUGAGUUUCCUUGUCAUGGCCAAAUUGCAUCCUGAAGUUGGUCCAGAGCUUCGAUAUCUGUCGUAUGUGUUGCUUGAUCACUGUGCCACUGCUCCCCUCCAUGUGCUGCUGUUUUUAGUGGUUUCAUGAGAGUAUGAUCUUAAUUAUUCUGGCUUAAUGUUUUGAAUGGAUUGCUUUAAUUUUGGUACAAAUUUCAUUGCUUCAAUCUCUAUUUUCCCGAAAUUUGUUGCCUUUGCACUCUGGCAGUGUUUUUGGGUUCUCUGUUACGUGUACCCAUGCAAUACUUGACAUUUCUUGACAUUUUAUGAUAGGUCUCGGAGCUCUUGUUCUUUCACUUUGGUAAUCUGCGCUUCUUUAUAUAUUGUUGACGCAGAUCCACUUGUGAUCAAUUAUUGGGGACGGGAGACUUGUGGCAGUCACAGACUUGUGUUAUUUAAUGAAGGAAUCGUUCGUGUGAUAGUGGACGGGUGGAUGUUUGUCUACUAGUGGCUAUGAAUGUGACUGACACCCAAGCUACAAUAUUUGUGUUGAUUGAGAGAGUGAUCGAGCCCCGCUAUGUUCCACUUUGCGGUCGGUCCCCCUGGACCCACAUCUGGUGUCGGCCUGUUUGUAUAACAGAGCCCGGAUUGCGCCGCGUACGCCUCGAAGGUCACGAUCAAGAAGGGGAACGCCGUCGCCCUUCUGGGCCGGGGGUAUGACGCGAUCUCUGAUCCUCUUCCUAGAUGGCGAUCGUUUUGGAGUCACGGGUCUGAUUUUGGUGCUUGGAUCAUCUGAUGGAUCACUUUCGGGUGGGUGGUUCAUCGGACUCGAUG